AUGUAUAGUAUUUCGAAGCUUAUCCUCCUUCUUGGCGGUGUUGCAUCGUUGCCCCUCACCUGGGCUCAAUUUGUCUCCCGCCCAGAACUCGUCGUUCCAAAGCUCAACAUCACUGUGCCGGCCGGCAAUGGUACUGAAAAGGGUCUUCUUUUUGUUGCUCCUUACUACGGAUUUGGUAAUGGUGGUGCCGGUGCUGUGCAAGAGGCGGCGUACAUAUUCCAAGAUGAUGGCGAGCUAGUCUGGUCUAGCCUUGGCCAUUACUCUGGAUUCGUAGGCAAUUUCCGCCCUGAUGUGUGGAAUGGUGAGGUGUACUUGCGUGCAUUUCAGAGUACCCUGUCAAAUACGCCCGGCCGUUCGUAUGGCCGUCACAACUUACUUGGAAAUGAUUAUCGAGUUACGAAGGAAGUCCAAGCACAGUCGGAUAAGCUUCCAUCGCUGCAUGAAUUCACCAUUGUUGACGGAAAGACGGCUUUGAUCGAGAUUGCUGUUCUGAAAUCGCUCUCAUUGAGACCUUGGGGAGGCAACGAUGGGCAAAAUUGGAUCCAAUCCAGUGGAUUUCAAGAGGUCGAUAUUGAUACUGGCGAAGUUCUAUUUGAAUGGCAGAGCAUAGACCAUGUUGACCCAAAAGGUAUUGUUGUGACUAUUGUGACAUUGGACGUAUGUCACUUUACCGGAUGA